AUGUUGUCUGCAUUAUCACUUGAUCAGCUAUCGACAUCCAGAGCGUCCAAUGAAGCUGUGGCCAACAGUGGGUCUGACUCUAGGCUCUCCCUCCUGGUCUCUCCUUCCACCUCCACCUCCUCGGAACAAUUCUCACCAUCACAAGCUUUAUUGGUGUCCAGUAUAAAUGAGCCCGACAUUGAGGGCUGUUACUUGACCGUGCCUCUGCAAGGAAAGUCCUCCACACCGCAGUUCUUUCCUUCAAAUAUGAAGAAGAUUGCCAACUGUGACCAGUCGUACAGUAUCCUGGAUGCCUCGCAGAUCUCCUGGGACAUUUCCCUUAUUAAAUCUGAGAGCCCGAAAGUGGCCAUGGAGCUGAGUGCUUCAGAGUCUACAUGGAGCCCCAAACAAACAUCUUCCCAACAGCCUGAUGCUAGACUCGGUCCUUGA